CUAGUCGUUAUUUGGACAUUUAUGUUUUAACAACUCUGAAUGUUUGUUAAGCAGUCCUAACAAACUAGAACAGCGUAUUAAUACCGAUAGACAGCGGUGCAGCCAUGUUCAUCAACUAUGAUGCUUCGUGAUGUACAUGCUGUCAAAACUCUAGCACGUAGGACAAUACAUAGUCUCUCUGGCAAAGUUGAUCAACUUUGUCCGUCAGCUUAAAAGUGAAAGUUAAACAUGGCACAAGGUCCAGGGGCAGACAAAAUUAGUCUGGUUCACUUGGAUUUAAAAGGAGCUCCACCCAAGCUGGUCUACUAUGAACAACUGUUUCCUUUGCUGAAGCAGUGGGGUGCAGGGGGCUUGCUGGUGGAAUAUGAAGAUAUGUUUCCAUACUGGGGAGAACUGGAAAUACUACAAGCAAAAAACAUGUACAGGCAGGAAGAAAUCAGGCAGAUAGUUACUUUGGCCAAACAAAAUGAUCUCAUAGUCACUCCAUUGGUGCCAACAUUUGGGCACUUAGAGUUUUUGUUGAAACAUGAGAAGUUUAGACAUUUGAGAGAGGUGCCCAAGUAUCCCAUGUCACUGUGCCCUUUAAACCCAGACAGCCUUAUUAUUGUUGGCCAGAUGAUAGACCAAGUAUUAUCACUUCAUCCAGAAUCCAAUUGGUUCCAUAUUGGAGGUGAUGAGGUAUUCCAUAUUGGGUGUUGUGAGCAGUGUAAAGCAUUCAAUGCAGAUGACAAGCAGGACAAAGAGCUGUACUUAUAUUUUACUGGCCAAGUUUUGAAGCUAAUGAAAGAAAAAUAUCCUGAUAAGACCUGUAUUAUGUGGGAUGACAUGUUAAGGAACAGGUCCCUUCAUCAACUAAAAGCAAGUGGGAUAGGUGAUUUAGUGGAACCUAUGGUGUGGCAGUACUCACAACAAUUAGAACUUCCUGAGGAUAUUUGGUGUCGAUACUCUCAGGUGUUCCCUUCAGUUUGGAUUGCCACAGCAUACAAGGGUGCCACAGGCCCUGCACAGCAGGCAACCAAUAUAGCCUACCACAUAGAGAACCAUAAGGCAUGGGUCAGCGUGGCCAGCCAGGUGGCUACUUUAUUCAAAAACUUCCGUGGUUAUGCGUUGACAGGAUGGCAGAGGUAUGACCACUAUGCUGGGCUCUGUGAACUGUUACCCCAAGCAAUUCCUAGUUUGGCUCUCAAUCUGCACAUACUGAGACAGGGAGCGUUCACAUUUGAGCUAUAUGAUGCUGUUUCUAAGCAAUUGGGAUUUACAGAACCGGUGACAUUGAAUCCAUUUGGGUUAUUUGAACCUAUACAGUGCCAGUUUCCAGGCAGUGAAAUCUACAAAGGCAUUAUUAUUUUACUACGUCUAACAGCAGAGUAUGACAUGAUCAUUAAUAGUGAUAGAGUGAAAAGUUGGAUGAGUGAGUACCAUGUGAAGUAUAAUGUCUGCAAUCCAGUGCAUGUUGAACACAUUCUUAAACCUGCUAAAAAGUUACAAAAAGAUUUUGAGGAAUACAAGAAGUACAUGCAGCUGGCACUGGCUAAUGUGUACUACAGUGACACAGUGGAGGAGUGGGUGUGUGACCACAUCCUGUCCAAGUUGGGCAGAUUGAAUGAACUGAUCCAUACUGCAGAGAGAAUGCUGGUGAUCGAGAAUGAGGCUCAGAUGAACGGGGUGUUGGCAGGAGGGAGUGGUGCUAUGGACCUGGACAGGAGUGUCGUAGAGGGAGAGACUGAUGAUGGAAACAGCACCUAGAAAUACUGGGUAGUCUUCUUACGCUGUUUUCCCUUCAACUUCGUAGGGGGACAUUUGAGUUUGGGGAGAACUUAGCAGAGAAGGUGAAAAAGACAGAUGGGGGUGCAAAGAAAGAAUUUGUGCUGGUCACAUGAAUAGAAAUUAGUGCAGUAUCUUUUCUUAUAUACACUGAGCAAAAAUAUAAAUGUCCCAUGCAGUACUGUAAAAAUUUUUUUAGCAUGAUGGUUUAUAUAUAU